CUUCUGUAUGGGUCCGAGACGUGGCGGGUGACCAAGACCACUACCAGCAAGAUACAGAUUUUCAUCAACAAGUGCUUGCGACACAUCCUCAACAUCAGAUGGCCUGAGAAGAUCUCAAACACAGACCUGUGGAAGAGAACCAGCCAGAACCCGGUCGGUCAAGACAUCAAGAAGAGAAAAUGGGGCUGGAUAGGCCACACACUUCGAAAACCACUCGACAACGUCGCAAGGCAAGCACUGGACUGGAACCCACAAGGGAAAAGGAAAGUGGGGAGACUCAAACAGACGUGGAGAAGAUCUGUCGAGAGCGAAGUGAAGGCCGCUGGAAUGACGUGGACCCAGCUGAAGAGAGCAGCCCAGAACAGAGUCCGUUGGCGUGGUGUUGUUGCGGACCUAUGCUCCCCCAGGAGUCAACAGGAAAAUUGAUUUUUGAACAAGGAUGGGUUGGGUUCAGCCUGUCCAGAUCGCGUGUUAAUGGAGUCUUGUCCUACACAGCAGAGGAGUCGGAGACAUGUCCACUCACUCUUAAAAAGUCGACCAAUGACGAGCCUCUCAUUCUUUUUCUCAUUGAUAUCAAGAAACAAAGCAUCAAUGUGACUGCUAUGGGUAAACAAGACAACAUACUGAUGGCGAAGGAAAAGGUUGAAGCAGAUAAAGGUCAGAAGAAAGUCAAACGUGCAUCAGGAGAACAAUCAAAAAAUCAGGAUAAGCCAGCGGUGCUCCCGAAACAAGCGGAAAAACUGAGCGAUGACAAGAAAUCAGAGCAGAUUGCGCAGAACCCAAAAGCUGAAGCCGUUGAUGUGCCAGGGACAUUCAAUCUGAGCAGUCGCAAGCAGCUGACUUUAGAUUUGGGGGAAAUCCACGGCACCUACAACUUCAGUUUCCGCAUGGUGUUUGGCUCAGAGGCCGAGGGCCUGUACAGCUUGAAGUUCCACUACUGCCAAAACAGGGAGCCGGGAAUCGACAGGGCCUACUCAUUUGCAGUGGAAGUGACGGAGAAGAAUCCUGAUGGCUACCUCUCUGCAGCGGAAAUCCCUCUGUCUCGCCUUUACCUUUAUAUGGCUGGAGUUUUCUUCACUGCUGCUCUGGUCUGGGUGUACAAUCUCAUGAAGCACAGUUACAGUGUGUUCAAGAUCCACUGGCUGAUGGCAGCGCUAGCUUUCACAAAGUCCACGUCACUGGUUUUCCACAGUAUCAACUAUUACUUCAUCAACACUGAGGGGCAUCCUAUUGAGGGCUGGGCCGUCAUGUAUUAUAUAACACACCUGCUAAAGGGGGCGCUCCUGUUCAUCACACUGGCGCUGAUUGGUACCGGCUGGGCUUUCGUGAAAUACAUCCUGUCCGACAAGGAGAAGAAGAUCUUCAUGAUCGUCAUUCCUCUGCAGGUCCUGGCUAACGUCGCCUACAUCAUCAUUGAGUCUACAGAGGAGGGCUCCAGCGAGUACUACGUGUGGAAGGAGAUCCUCUUUCUGGUGGACCUUAUCUGCUGUGGAGCCAUCCUUUUCCCUGUUGUGUGGUCGAUCCGUCACCUACAAGAGGCUUCAAGCACCAAUGGCAAUGAUGCCAUGUAUUUGGAGAAGCUCAAGCUCUUCCGCCAUUAUUAUGUGAUGAUCGUGUGUUACAUCUACUUUACAAGGAUCAUAGCCAUUCUGCUCAAGAUCACUAUGCCUUUCCGGUGGCAGUGGUGCUAUGAGUUUCUGGUGGAGGUGUCGACUCUCAUCUUCUUUGUGUUGACGGGCUACAAGUUUCGCCCAGCAUCCAAUAACCCCUACCUCCAGCUUCCCCAGGAUAAGGACGACGUCGAGAAUGAUGAAGUAGUGACUGAGUCAGGCGCACUCGAGGGUAUUUCCAAAGUCAAGAAGACGUCCAACGGACGCGAGCGCCAGAAAGAGUCCACCUUGUGAGCAGGAAGCUGCAUCUUUGGGAGUGGCCAACUAAACAUCCCCAGGCCAGCUGACAGAAAGGGGUACACACACACACACACGGACCAAGGCUCCCCACUUCCAGUGACAGCUCUGCUAUUGAAACUCUUUACGUGGUUGCAGUGGUUGUGCCCACUGUCUGGCUAUGCAAAAAAAAAA